CUUCAGCUGUACUGACUGACUAACUCCAGGUUAGCAACUUGUGAAUUUGAACUGGCUUCAGAAUAUAAUCCUAGGUUUUUAACAAUCUGUAUUCGUGUUUAUUGCAUUUAGUUUAACUAUAAUAGUUAAUUUUUGUUAUUAACCAGAAUUUACUUACUUUACUUUGCUUGUGUCAUCCUAUAACCUGGUUCAGUGUCAUGGCCUUCUUUUAAUUUCCUCUUGUCAGAAUUCUGUACUGUGUACCAAAUUGGUGGAUAAAAAAUGAGUUCUGCGACAGGCAAAGAAAACUCUAAGCGUGGUGGUAAAAAGAAAAAUUUCACUCCACUUCUCGAUUUUGAUAACAAUGUGUUAUUACCUGGUCGCCAUCCUUGUGAUUGUGAAGCUUCUGCUCAUAAAUUGGUAAAUAAUUGUUUAUCUUGUGGCCGAAUAGUCUGCGAGCAAGAACGAGUUGGAGAAUGCUUCACCUGUGGAGCAUACGUUAAUGAUAAAGAAAUUGAAAGGCAAAAUCAAUUGGCUGCUGCUGCUCUUGCCGAUUCUCUUGCUAACAGUCAUUCCCAAGGAAAAGAAAACGAAAAAAAGAAGAAAAAUGACAAAAAUAAACGUGAAGGAAUUAGAAACAUUGCUGCAAGCUUAGAGAAAGCCGUUCAACAUAAAAAUAAAUUAUUGGAAUUCGAUAGCAACUGUUCUCAAAGGACCAAAGUUAUUGAUGAUGAAACAGAUUAUUUUAAACUUACAUCUCAACACUGGUUAAGUCAGGAUAAAAGGGAUAAGAUUGGUGCUAAAAUUGAUUACCUUCAAGAUAAAAAGUUCAGUAAAGAAAGGACAUUAACAUUGGACAUUGUUAAUCGUAGGUUUGAGGAAAAUGUGACUCCAGUGAUCAGUGACGUUGGAAAAGUUGUCCAAGAAUUAGAAGAAGAUGCUGCUUUCAAAUCUGACUACCAAAUUGUUGAUAGCAAACAUUUGAACUGCAACGAAAAAUUGCCUCGAGUUAAUUAUUGCCAACAAGAACAAAAAGCUAACACCAAUAAGAAAGGUAAACAAACCAAGCGAGAAAAGGCAUCUGAUACACCAACGUCAUCCUCCGUGCGUGUUUCAUUAUUCAAUCGUACUUCACUAAAAAUUCAGGAUCCAGAGUUGAUGGAAAUGAGUGAUUCCGGCGUUUGUUUAACUGUUCAACAGCCUUGGGCCUCUUUCAUCAUGGCAGGUAUCAAACUUCACGAAGGUCGAAGUUGGUACACUCAUUAUCGUGGUCGUAUCUGGAUUCAUGCGUCCGGAAAAGCUGUCACCCAAGAAGAGAUAACUACUGCUAAAAAGACUUUUGCUCUGAUGUCUGAUAAAAGGUUUCCCAUAGAUUAUCCAAGAUCCUUACUACUUGGAUGUAUUACGCUUAAAGAUUGCCUUCCACAAGAAGAUUACAAACAAUCUGUUGCUAAUCCAUACAUGGAAUCAACUUAUGUUUGGAUAUUGGAAGAUCCUGUUCCUUUAAAAGUAAAAAUUCCCAUGAACUCUAAGUCGAAUAGACUCUUUAAUCUAGACGAACAUAUCUUGAAAGCGGCAUUCAAGCAACUUGAUUUUAGUUGAAUAAAAAUAAUUUUUCAUUUGAUA